AGAUGAUCAUAACUUCACCUGAACAUGGAGUUACUUAUGUUAAUUUUUGUAGCUGUAAUUCCAGUUAUAUCUGAUGGGUUGACUGUGCACGGUCCCCCUGGUCCUCUGGUUGCUCCUCUGGGAUCUUCAGUGGUUUUGCCCUGUUAUGUUGAUGAACUUUUAUCAGUGGAGGGUCUGGAGGUGGAGUGGAGAAGACCAGACUCUGAGACUUUAGUUCAUCUGUAUCAGGAUGGUGAGAGUCAAACAGAAGCCCAGCAGCAGGAUUAUCAGGAUAGAGCUCAUUUCUUUACUGAGGAGAUUCAACAUGGAAACUUCUCCCUCCGGCUGGACGAUCUGAGAGCUGAAGAUGAGGGACGAUACACAUGUACAGUUUACAGUCAGCAAGAGUCUGGUGAGACUGUGAUUGAAAUAAAAGAUGUUGUACGUUUGCUAGUAUCAGGCUCAGAUGAGUCCAUAUCUGCGUCUGUGGGUGAAGACGUCACUCUGAACUGCUCUGUGGACUCUCACAUCACACCUGAACACAUUGAAGUUGCAUGGAAGAAAACAGAUGAAAAUAUUCAGGUUCUGCUCUACCAAGAUAAGGAAAUUUUACCAGAUUCAGCACAUGUGCGAUACAGAGACAGAGUUGAGUUCUUCACUGCUGAAAUCCCCAAAGGAAACUUCUCUCUCAGACUGAAGAGUGUCAGAACUGAGGAUAAAGGGGUUUACAUGUGUCACGUGUUUGCUGGAGGACUUUCAGCCAAUACAACUGUAGAACUGGAGCGACUGGGUUUCUCUGUUUUACACAUAAUGGUGUUGAUUCUCUGUGUUUCUGCGUCUGGAUCUGCACUUCUGCUCUGCUGCCUGAUCUACUGCAGAUAUCAAAACGGGUUCACUGUGACAUAUUCUCAAAACAGACUUGUUCGUCUGGGAUCUUCAGUGGUUCUGAACUGUUAUAGAGUUAAACCUUUACAAACGGAGGAUCUGAAGGUGGAGUGGAGAAGAAAAGACACUAAGACUCUGGUUCAUCUGUAUCAGGAUGGAGAGAGUCAAUCAGAGAAACAGCAGCAGGAUUAUCAGGACAGAGCUCAUUUCUUCACUGAUCAGAUUCAACAUGGAAACUUUUCCCUCCGGCUGGACAAUCUGAAAAUAGAAGAUGCUGGAGAAUACACAUGUAGAGUUUACAGCGAACAGAAAUGUGUGUCACAUCAAGGAGAAAAUGUAAUUUUUUUUUUUUUUACAGCGAAAGUUUCCUCUGCUCCUCUGGUUGCUCCUCUGGGAUCUUCAGUGGUUUUGCCCUGUUUUUGUGCCAAACGUUUGCUUUCAAAUGAUCUGAAGGUGGAAUGGAGAAGAAAAGAUACUCUGGUUCAUCUGUAUCAGGAUGGAGAGAGUCGAGCAGAAGUCCAGCAGCAGGAAUAUCAGGAUAGAGCUCAUUUCUUUACUGAGGAGAUUCAACAUGGAAACUUCUCCCUCCAGCUGGACAAUCUGAGAGCUGAAGAUGAGGGCCAAUACACAUGUACAGUUUACAAUAAAUGGAGAUCUGUGUUUUCAACUCAAACAAGGUUGUCUGUGGUUCCGGAAUUUGCUGUGGUUUCCUCUGCUCCUCUGGUUGCUCCUCUGGGAUCUUCAGUGGUUUUGCCCUGUUUUUGUGCCAAACGUUUGCUUUCAAAUGAUCUGAAGGUGGAAUGGAGAAGAAAAGAUACUCUGGUUCAUCUGUAUCAGGAUGGAGAGAGUCGAGCAGAAGUCCAGCAGCAGGAAUAUCAGGAUAGAGCUCAUUUCUUUACUGAGGAGAUUCAACAUGGAAACUUCUCCCUCCAGCUGGACAAUCUGAGAGCUGAAGAUGAGGGCCAAUACACAUGUACAGUUUACAAUAAAUGGAGAUCUGUGUUUUCAACUCAAACAAGUUUGGAACCAAGACUACUUGAUUCAGUCCUCCAUCUUCAUCUGUUUCUAGUCGUCUGUCCAAAUAUAAUCAUGUUCUUUGCUUUUGUCUUCUGGGGUGUUUCUGAGGGAUCUGUGAGUGAGUCGGUUUGUUGCUGUGCUCUUUAUUUUCUGAGGCCUCUCCUGUUGCUCUGGGCGGCUCCAUUUAUUAAAAAUAGGUUUUCAGACAAGAUUAAAACAUGGAUUCAGAAAUACAGUUAUGUGGCGGAAUAUGCUGUUUUCUCGGUUGUUGUUUAUUCAGCUCUUUUCGCAAGUGCUUGGGAAAAGUUUCUAAACUAUGCUGUAUUUAAUAAAGUCGUGGUAAUAGUGCUGUUUGCAAUAGUGUUUGUGUGCUGCCUCUGCAAAAUCAUCUACAUUUUAGUUACAGAGGUUGGGAAGAAAAGUGGCCGGAUAGUUAAAAUCUUUGAUAUUGUGGCUGAUAUGACCUUUCAAUUUCUGCCUACUUUACAAUUCAUCCUCCUCUUCUACACGUUUGGAGCUGCUAGAGGAGGUGAGUUCAUAUUCAUAAUCAUCUGUGAUCAUUAUAACUCUCAUUAUUGA